AUGGACGGCGCCGGCGGCAGCGACGCCAAGCAGAAGCCGUCCCCGCAGCCUCCGCAGCCGCGGCAGCAGGUGAUGCGCACUAUCACGACGUCGGGCUUGAUCGCGGUGGGCCCUGUGCCCGACGAGGCGUCACCCGCCGCCAGCCCGCAGCACCAGGCGCAGGCCGUCAACGGUCGCAGCCCCGCGACGCACAGCCCGCCCGCCUCCAUCAAGCGGUCGCCCGACCACCACCCACCCCCGCAGCAGCAACAGCACGCCGCCUACGCCGCCCACAGCCGCUUCUCCUCGCCGCAGCACCAGUACUCGCCGCAACAGCCUCCCUGUGUGACGAACGCAGAGCCCCCUGCACAGGUGGCGUACUCGCCGGCGAGCGUGGCGGUGUCGUCGCCGUACCAGCACCAGCAGCAGGCGGCGACGCCCACGGACCAGUCGGCGGCGGAGGACGCGGGGGCCAGCCCCCCGCAGCUGCUGGAGGCGGCCGGCGGACACCGCUACUCGGCGCGGCCGCAGCAGCAGGCCCAGCACGAGGUGCUCGCGACGCGCUACGCCCACCACGACGACUACCACGGCCAGGCCACCUCCAUCACGCCACCGCCGCCACUCGAACAUAUACACCAGCCGCACCACCAGAUCACCUACGAAGACCACCAGGUGACGUUCGCCACCGACCCGUACCCGCCGCCGGCGAGCUCGUCCUCGUCCACGUACCACUACCACCAGCAGGUGACGUCGCAGGCGCACUCGCAGUCGCACCAGGUGGUGCACCGCGCGUCUCCGCUGUACCAGCCGGCGGGCAAGGUGAUGGGCGUGGUGGGCGGCGAGACCAUCUUCCUCAAGUCGGACCCGACGCUGAGCUCCUCGUCGUCGGUGGUGAUCAAGAGCUCUCCGUCGCCGCCGGGCGCGGCGCCGCCGACCAUGAUCUACGGCUACGAGCCGGCGGGGCCGCCGCCGCAGCCCAGCUCUCCGCAGAUCGCGACGCUGUACGGCGCGGGCGGCGCGUCCUACCAGAUACCCUCCUCCAGCAAGGAGCCCGCCGCCUUCCUCUGGACCACCGCCGGCGACUACAUGAGCGGCGCCACCGGCACCGCCUCCCUCAACUACGUGCCCUACACGCCUAACGGCGGCGCCGGCUCCACCGCCACCACGCUCGCCUUCAUGGAUAUCGGCGAUGCCAGCAUCGACCAAGGUCUGGCGUCGGCGGGCGACAUCAAGGAGUGCGUCAACUGCGGCUCGAGCGUGACGCCGCUGUGGCGGCGCGACGGCACGGGCCACUACCUCUGCAAUGCGUGCGGCCUCUACCAGAAGAUCAACGGCGUCAACCGGCCGCCCGUGCGCUCCCAGCAGAAGAAAAGCAGCUCGCAACCCGGCAACCGGCGAUGCGGCGUGUCGUGUGCCAACUGCAACACCACGACGACCACGCUGUGGCGGCGCAACAACAACGGGGAGCCCGUCUGCAACGCCUGCGGCCUCUACUUCAAGCUGCACAACGUGAACCGGCCGCUGAGCAUGAAGAAGGACGGCAUCCAGACCCGCAAGCGCAAGCCCAAGACGCCGGCCACGAGUCGCGACAGCCCGCCCACGCGUGGUGGACACGUGGAGCACGUGCUGCACUCCGGCCGCCAAGUAGUCGGGCGCAGCGCGGCCCACACGCAGUACACGGGGCACGGCCACCGCACGGCCGCCUCUGCGGCGGCGGCGGCGGCGGUGCGGCUGCAGUACCCCGAGGUGCCGCUGCUGGAGGACGACCACGACCAGUACCUGCCCGCGCCCGCGGGGUCGCCCGCGCUCGAGCUGCCCACCUCCUCGCUGCUCAACCGCCACAUCGCCUCCAAGUGA